GCAGAGCGACACAGCGACACAGCGCGGCAGGCAGCCCGCCACUCGCGAUAACUCGCGUUGGGGCAGCAGCUGGGCGGAAAAGGCGGGAGAAGACUGCCGCUUCCGCGUCCGCGCAGCACAGACACAGCACUAGGGCAAAAUGGACGAUAAGUUAAUAUUGGCUGUAUUUAAUUACCCAGAGCUGUAUAAUGUCACUUUGCCGAAUUACCGCUGCACGGAAAGUCGGGUAAAUGCCUGGAGAAGCAUCAGUAUCGUACUGGGUCUCCCAUCUGAAGAGUGUAAAAGAAAAUGGAAGAACAUGAGAGACCGGUACUUGAAGGAAGUCCGAAUGGAGAUCAAAAGCAAGAAGCAAGGAGAGAUUGUGCAAAGUAGAUGGAAAUACAGACAACUUAUGAAUUUUAUUGCACCCUUCACUGGAUCAAGAAGUGGAGUGGCAGACAUCUGCGGCAACAAUGACGAUGACCACGACAAUCCUGACAACGAAUCUGGCAGUGCGGAGGGAGAAACCACACCGUCUGAGGCAGUCAAAACGCCGCAGCCCAUUACAAAGGUCCCUGUGAGUCAACCUGACCUCAAGCCCCAGGUAGCGUUUGUGACGCAGCUCCCUUCAAUGUCUCAAGACGCACAGAUGGCCCAGCUGUCUGUUCUGGCUAAGAUGCCACCAGGCCCACAGAUCACCCCCAUCAGCAAAAGUGGACGGAAACGGCGCCUGAUGCCAGAGUCACUUUCACUGCCUUCUUCUCAAAGUACACCUUCCCCUACAAAAUGGCUGGUCAAAGACAAUGGUACCUCAUUUCCCAACAGGCCACGGGACGAGGAUGAACUGUUUCUGCUGAGCUUUGUCCCCGCUCUGAAGCGACUUGCUCCACAGAAAAGGUGCGAGACAAAAAUAAAGAUUCAGCAGAUUAUGUAUGAAGCGGAGUUCAACGUUGCACAGGCGGUAUCUAAAGAGAAACAGCCGGAGCCAGAAACGCAGGACUAGGCCAAACUGACUUUUUUGUACUUUAUUCUGUUUUCUAAAAACCUCUUCCACAAAAUGACUAAAAUAUCUAUUUUUCUUUUACAGCACAAAGUGGUUGAGUUUGAAGUACAUCCCUUUUUCAUGUGAAACAAUUAACAAUGAAGAAUGACUAAAUGUACUGAGCAAGUCGUAGAAUUUUUUCACACCACUCUGGUCUGGUGUGUCUCGAUUUGCAUAUUUAUUAGACGAGUAAGGCUCAUGUGAGAAUGAAGCCCUAAUAGAUUUACUCCUUAAUAGGACAAUAGACAGACUAUGAUUAACAUCUUUAUUUACACAGCUUUACUGUCAAGAGUGAAUUCACAUUUAGAAAAGUGGUUUCAUGUUCAACCCACCAAUCUUCAUUUUAAAUCUGUAAACUACAGUAUCUUACAUUUAAUUACAGUGACAUACAGAAAACUGAGAGGAAAAAAGACUUUCCAAUUUGGAGAGGAACACUGUUUCAUAAAUUAAUCUUAUCUUUCAACUGCUUACAUGCAUCAACACAUUUCUUUUUAAUCUCAUCUAAAAUAAAGACAAUGCCUGACAUUGUUUUGAUUCCA